UUCAUAAUAUAAAUUCAAGAAAAAUAUUUGCUUUUCUUAUUUAUGAAUAAUUUUUAAUGUAAACUAUAUUAUUAAUGUGAUUGAAAAUGAAGUUAAUAAAAGUAUUUGGUUCUAGUAUUUUUCAAAUUAUCUCAAUAGUAUUUGUUAUUGGAUACCUUCUGGGUGCAUUAAAUUUACAUUUCACCGACAAAAGUAAUUAUUGUCUAAUGACUUAUAUGUUUGAAUUUCCUCAAUUUGUGGCAAUAUCUGUGCCUGAAAAUAGGAUAUUCCCACAAUAUGGACUGUACGCCUACAGCGAGGGGAGGCUUACUGAGAGAGCUAGAAAAAUGUGGUUUGAUGGUGUUCCAGUUUUAUAUCUACCUGGUAACUCAGGGAGUCAUAUGCAAGCUCGCUCAUUGGCAUCUGUUGCUCUGAGGAAAGCCUUGGAUAGUGGAAAUGAAUAUCAUUUUGAUUAUUUUACAAUUAGUUACAAUGAAGAACUGUCGGCAUUAUAUGGAGGAGUGUUGCAGGAUCAGACAGAGUUUGCAUCAGCAUGUAUAUCGAGAAUACUCAGCCUCUAUAAAAGCAAUAGAUAUACAAAGAAUGUACCAACAUCUGUUAUUUUAAUUGGUCAUUCCAUGGGAGGUCUGAUCGUCAAGCGUCUUUUAGCAUAUCCAAGUACAUUAAAUACAACAUCAAUAGGAAUAACACUGGCUGCUCCAUUGCAAGCACCUGUCAUCAACUUUGAUAUGGCUAUGAAUGAUUAUUACAAACUGAUUGAUAUUGAAUGGGAGCAAAAUGUAAAUAGAGAACCUGAAGUUAAACAAAAGAAAUUCUUGCUAAGCUUUGGUAGUGGCCCAAAGGACAUUUUAGUGCCAUCUUGGUUGACAUCUUCUAAUGAAAGUUUUAUAUCUGCAUUGACUUCAGCUGUCCCAGGGGUGUGGGUCACUACUGAUCAUUUGAGUAUAGUGUGGUGUAAGCAGCUUGUUAUGGCAAUUAAUAAAUUUCUGUUCUCUAUUAUUGACCCUUGGACUGCACAGAUCAAGGAAGACAACCAAAUAUUAAGUUCCAAAGCCAAGGAAUACUUCCAGGCCAAUCGUUCAAUGUUUCUGAGUCCAGAUAUAAAUCGCCCAAAUGUAACCAUGAUAAUGGACGCAUUUUGGUAUGAGGAUAACAGACGAAUCUAUCAAAUAUCAAGACCAGAAAUAAAUAAAGCUACAUAUUUAAUGAUCAGAUUAAUAAAUUUCCCCCAAAAUCGAUUUGUGGCUAUAGAAUCGAUUAACAUGACUAAUAAAGAUUGGAUAUUUGGUUGUAACGCUAAAUAUACAGCCUCCAAUUAUAGAUAUUGCAAAUAUGGUACAUCUUUAACCGAAUUAAGCCGUUGGACUGGUGCUGCAAAUGGCUUUGGUAAACGUAAAUUGGCAACUGUGCAUCUUCAUACUAUAAAAAAACAACAUCCCGAUUGGAGUCACGUGGUAGUCAAAGUAUCACCGACCAGGAGACCGGUAACUUUAAAUGUUGAUAUAAACGACCACGCAUCAAGAGAAAUUACAGUAUCAUUGCCUUCCAUUUUUUCAUUUGGAAAGUCAGUAGUUAAGGCGGAAACUGAACAAGAUAGUCUGUAUUACGAACUUUUGUUGCCUGAUUUCAAUACGUUAGAUCAAGCGUAUUUGCUGUAUGUGGAACCUACGCCGAGUUGUAAGGCAAUACAAUAUCACGUGUCUGCUGAGAUGCAUGUUCCAUGGGCGAAGAAUCAUGAAUACUAUCACUACUUUACACAGUUGAAGCAGACGCCAAUGAAAUUACGACUCUUCCAAAGUAACCCUAAUGUCACAGUUGGAUCAGAAUCCACACAACACGUUAAAAUAACAUUGUUGUUGGACCCUCAAUGUACUUAUACUAUAAGUAUAUCAUCUUCAUGGUACCAUCGCCUAGCACAGUUGGCGCGAAAUUACACACCUGUGUUGGUGCCAUACAUUGCUGCUAUAGUCUUGUUAGCAGCCAGAAGCAGCAUUCUGCAUUUACGCGAGCACGGCACGUGCCUGUCAAUACACGGAGCGCUUAUGAGCGAAGGUGUUAAGCCAUAUUACGCUUUAGUGUUUGCUAGAUUCGGUGCUGUUGCAUUGAUGUCAGUACCAUUUCUAUCAUUUAUACUCGAGAAUGCAAGUUGGAACAAUCAAGAGUUGCAGUACUUCACCCGUUCGCUUAUAGUAUUACCAGCGUACAUGACCGCUUUGGGCGUUCUAAAUAUAGCGGUGGCGGCAAUGAUAUUGAUCAUGGUGUUUUCAUCUCAAUUGGCUCAUCGAUUGCUAUUUAGGAUAGUAUGGCGGGGCAGUAGUGGGUUUGCAGAACGGGUGGCGUCCGGCCUACAGAAGAUACCCAUACUGGUAACAGUGACAUUGGUAGCAGCGGUGCCCCUCUCAUGCGGAGCAGCCGCUCUUGUUGCUGGCGCAGCCUUCUAUGCCUUUAUGCUUUCAAAAAUGUAUGAAGAAUAUUUGGAAGAUUAUGUUUACAAAUUUAUGGCCAAAGUCAUGUCCAAGAUUUGUCGUAUUUUCAAAUCAAAAAAUAGGGAUGAUAAAAGCACCUCUAAAAUAACAAAUUCGACUGAAUCUGCCGCACUGUUACCAGCUACGGAGGAUGAAAAAGAAAACCCUAAUGUAGAAACAGAUGGAGAGGAAAAUAUUAAAAAUGAGCCUAAAGAGAUUGAGAGUGCAGAACAAAAUCAUAAAGUUGUCUCAGUACUUGAAUCGAUAGAAAAGCAAGAUGAAGGAAAUUCAAGCAUCAAUACUGAUCAAAAUAUUGAUGAAGAUGUGAUUAACAAAGUUGAUGAGGAUCUCAAUAAUAUACAUUUCCAUAUGAUGCUUUUCUUACUGUGGAUAUCGGUUACUAUGGUCAAUGUACCUGCUUUAUUGACAUGGGCGCGAAAUUUCAAAUACACUAUGGUAUUGAAACCAGAUACUUCAUAUCAUGCGGGCUUAAUACUUUCCUUGUGUUCUGGCGUUGUAUGGCAGCUAAAUGGUCCAAGAAAAAAAUUGAAAUACUAUGAUGCUGUUUCUGCAUUAUUAUUCACGAUGGCAGUAUGUGUAUUAGCCUUAGGGCCUUUGUCUUUAAUGGUAGUCAACUACGGUGUAACAUUUAUGUUUGUGGUUAUCACAAUACAGCAAUUAUUUGACAAGGAAGAACCAGUAGAUAGUGCAUCCUUAACAAAUGAAUUUGAAAAACAAACGAACGAAACUGCCAAUGAAAUUCCUAGUGAAUCCAAUACGCAAAGUGAUGGUAACGCAGAACAUAGUUCCUCAAGUGAGACUCCAAACACCGAUACUCCUGGUGAAGAUUGUGACAUAUGCAGUGAAAGUAGAAUAUACAAUGUUUUUAAAAAUCUCCGAGAGAAAAUAACGUUGAAUGAAGAUUUAUAAUAUUUAUUGAAAUGGAAAGAUCACCCAUAGGUUAAAUAAAAAUUAAUGGUUUUCAUAGACCCCUUGUGUCUUCAUAAAUGUUUGUUGAAAACUGCAGGUGACUGCAACUAGUCUUUAAUUUUCUUAGUCUUAAUGAUUAAUUAUUUAUUGCAUAUCUUUGUGCAACUCGGGUGUUACUAUUACGCUUAUAUAAGCUGGUGGCCGAAACUGGUGAAAACUAACUAACUGGUAAAAAGCAUGAAAGUUAUUUAGCGGGACUACUAAAUUUAAUAUUGUACAGUCUUUGGGUCAUAUAAGACUCUUUACCAGAUUAAUAUUUAUUCAAAUGUAUUUUUAUAUGUUGAAAGAUAGAUUAAAAUUGUUAUAAAUCUAUUUUAACAACUAGAAGUGUAGAGUGUGAAGGCAAAUGUUAUUGUUUUUGUUUGUUAACAGCUAAAUAUUGUAUGGAUAGUUACUACGAUGACCAUUUAUCAUGACAUAACAAAAUCAAUAGAAUAGUUUCAUAAAGAAAUAAUUGAUAAGGUCUAUCAUAUCUUUUUAUUAAUUAUAUAUAUAGUAUGCUAGCUUGAGAAAGAAUAUCUGAGUAGAAACUUUCUUGUUGAGUGGUGAAUGAGAGUUGCACAACUAGAAACAUUUUAUGUAAUUAAUGACAAAAUAACCCGAAUGAAUUGUGAAAGUGUGAUAUCCCACUUUGUCUUGGGGGAAGAGGCUAUUAUAAAAGUUUGUUGUUGUAGUUAAUAUGGUCAUUAAUUAAAUUAAUAUUUAUUUAUUGAUAUAUAGAUAAAAUUUGGUGCUAAAUAUACAACAGAGAAAUAAGUUCAUUGAAUACUUCACAAAUUUAGUAAAAAACAUAUUAAAUAUAAUAAAGAUAAAAAAAAACCAAGCCUAUAAUUAUCAUGUAUGUGACUUUGGUUCUGAUUUGACUACUCUUUUGAAUGAGUGUAAAUAAGAAUAUUAAUGUUUAUGUUAUGUAUCUACUAGUUAUGGAUAAAUUUUGAUUGUUUUUUAUUUUGAACCUAUCUAUGGAAUGUUUUAAAAUGUCUAACCAUGUGUCAGUAAGUAAUUUAGUGUUUAUUACAUGUAUU